AUGUCGUCAGAUAUAGCUCCCCCGAUCAUACCCAGUCAUAUCCCAUUCGAUCAAACCUACGUUCUUUACGACCCUAAUGAUAUCAUAUCCGUCAUAUCGGUGCAGUUCACAUUACUACCUGUCUACAUCAUGGUGUUUUACCUCCUGUGGUUUCUCGUAACGAGAGAAAUAGAACCAGUCAUUGUUGUUGCUGGUCAUUUGUGUUCAGAGAUUGUCAACAAGGUCCUAAAAGUUUUACUCAAGAAUCCGAGACCUGAUUUUCAUCGUGAUUUUGGUGGUGAUGGCAGUCUCAGUUAUGGCAUGCCUAGUGCCCAUUCUCAAUUCAUUGGCUUUUUCGCUGCGUAUUACAUCUGUAUUGCUGUGUUUAAGAUUCCAAAUUUGAAGAGAUGGCAAAAGCUUACGUGGGCCAUUAUUUUGACUUGUGUUGGGUUGGGUGUGGCUGAAUCACGAGUUUAUCUAAUGUAUCACACUUGGCAGCAAGUUGUUGUUGGUGUCACUGUUGGUGUCGUAUUUGGCAUUUUCUACUUUAUAUUUAGCUCACUAAUGAGGGAUGUUGGGAUUGUUGACUGGGUUUUGAGUUGGCCAAUAAUCAACUAUUUCCAUGUCAAAGAUUCUUAUCAUCAUUGUUAUCAAAGUUUCAGCGACGAGUAUAUGACGUAUUGGCAACAGAGGCGUAGAGUCAAGGAGUCAAGAAAGAAUAUAUGA